AUGCAGGCCAUCAAGUGUGUCGUUGUCGGAGACGGUGCUGUCGGAAAGACUUGUCUCCUCAUCAGUUACACCACCAACGCGUUCCCCGGCGAGUACAUUCCCACUGUCUUUGACAACUACUCGGCCAAUGUCAUGGUCGAUGGAAAACCCAUCAACCUCGGUCUCUGGGAUACCGCCGGACAGGAGGAUUAUGAUCGUCUUCGUCCUCUCUCCUACCCCCAGACAGACGUCUUCCUCAUCUGCUUCUCUCUCGUCUCCCCUCCCUCCUUCGAGAACGUCAAGACCAAGUCUAUGGACUGCAAGCAGCUGCAAGCUUCAACUGGACGUGGGGCACUGGACUGGAUUGCAUUUGGUCCGGGACAUAGCCAUGCGCCCUUGCCCAAGAACCCCUGGAACCCUGAGAUUAGCCAUCACGCUCCCAACAUCCCCACCAUUCUUGUGGGUACCAAGUUGGAUUUGCGCGAGGAGAAGGAGACUUUGGACAAGUUGCGUGAGAAGCGCAUGAUGCCCAUCACAUACCCUCAGGGUCUUCAGAUGGCCAAGGAAAUCUCUGCUGUCCGCUACCUCGAGUGCUCAGCCUUGACCCAGAAGGGUCUCAAGAACGUCUUUGACGAGGCCAUCCGUGCCGUCCUCUGCCCCGUCCAGCCCACGAGAAAGUCCAAGAAGUGCCUCAUCCUCUAA